AUGAAGCACCAUCCUGCUGUGGCAUGGAUUGAAGAAGACAAACCGACGUCUCAAAAGUUCCCAUCCUCGCUCUGCAAUAGCAAGCUUUUUGGCGCCAAAUCAAUCAACCCCCAAUAUCCCGCCCUUCCCCUUGCCAUUCUCCCUCACACCCCUUUCCCUUUCCCGUCCCCUUUCCCUUUCCCGUCCCCUUUCCAUUUCCCGUCCCCUUUCCCUUUCCCGUCCCUUUUCCCUUCUCUCACCCCUUUCUCCAUCUUCGUUUCCCCUUGUUCUCUUCCCCAGCCUGCGGACCCAUACGGUCCAGUCCCGGACCGCUGGUUUGGCGGGUGUGCAGAAACGGCGGACUUCCCAGCCUCGCUCUGCAACGGCAAGCUCAUUGGUGCAAAGUUCUUCAACAGCGGGUUCCUCAAUGCCGGGCAGGAUGUGGACCCGGACGACUUUUCGUCUGCCCGGGAUGGAGACGGGCAUGGGACGUGGUGUGCGGGUGCGGCAGUCAGCAACACGAACGUGAGUGUGGUGCUUCAAUCUACCGUCUCUCAUCUCCCUCCACCCAUCCCAACCCAACCCACCAGUGCAGCCGCGGGCAAAGCGAACGUUGGAGCGGCAGCUGGCAAUGCGAACGUUAGCGUGGAGAUGGGCGGCUGCAGCUUCUUUCCCUGCCCUUCACCCUACCUUCUCAUCCCUCUCCACCCCUUCCAACCCACCAGAGCGGCAGCGGACAAUGCGAACGUUAGCAUGGAGAUGGGCGGCCGCAAGUUUGGAUUCGCGAGCGGCGUGGCACCGCGGGCGCGCAUCGCCAUGUACAAGGCGCUGUGGUGGGUGAAGGACUUCGGCACAGCGGCCGGCACCAACUCCGACCUCCGAGCCGCCGUUGAUGCCGCUGUGGCGGACGGUGUGGAUGUGCUCUCGCUUUCUUUGGGGGAUUUGGUGCGCGAGUAUUUCUCACACAUUCACUACAUGAAUGCGGCUAAGGCGAUUCUUGAGGCGAUUCUUGAGGCGAUUCUUGAGGCGAUUCUUGAGGCGAUUCUUGAGGCGAUUCUUGAGGCGAUUCUUGAGGCGAUUCUUGAGGCGAUUCUUGAGGCGAUUCUUGAGGCGAUUCUUGAGGCGAUUCUUGAGGCGAUUCUUGAGGCGAUUCUUGAGGCGAUUCUUGAGGCGAUUCUUGAGGCGAUUCUUGAGGCGAUUCUUGAGGCGAUUCUUGAGGCGAUUCUUGAGGCGAUUCUUGAGGCGAUUCUUGAGGCGAUUCUUGAGGCGAUUCUUGAGGCGAUUCUUGAGGCGAUUCUUGAGGCGAUUCUUGAGGCGAUUCUUGAGGCGAUUCUUGAGGCGAUUCUUGAGGCGAUUCUUGAGGCGAUUCUUGAGGCGAUUCUUGAGGCGAUUCUUGAGGCGAUUCUUGAGGCGAUUCUUGCGGCGAUUCUUGCGGCGAUUCUUGCGGCGAUUCUUGCGGCGAUUCUUGAGGCGAUUCUUGAGGCGAUUCUUGAGGCGAUUCUUGAGGCGAUUCUUGCGGCGAUUCUUGCGGUGAUUCUUGAGGCGAUUCUUGAGGCGAUUCUUGCGGCGAUUCUUGCGGCGAUUCUUGCGGCGAUUCUUGCGGCGAAUCUUGCGGCGAUUCUUGAGGCGAUUCUUGCGGCGAUUCUUGCGGCGAUUCUUGCGGCGAUUCUUGAGGCGAUUCUUCAGGCGAUUCUUGAGGCGAUUCUUGCGGCGAUUCUUGCGGCGAUUCUUGCGGCGAUUCUUGCGGCGAUUCUUGCGGCGAUUCUUGAGGCGGGUGUGUUUGUGGCACUGGUAGCAGGCAACUCGUGGCCUCCCUCUCCUACGCAUGAUGUGGGGACGCUCGAAAACGUUGCUCCGUGCACCAUUGGUCGACACGGUGUGGCAAAGCUGAUCCUAGGGCACGGUGUGGCAAAGCUGAUCCUGGGCACCAUUGGUCGGCAGUACCUUGCAAAGCUGAUCCUGGGGAAUGGGGAGGAGGUGAGGGGAGUGAGCUUCGGAGGCACCGCCGCACAGACGGUCAAUAAAGUGCUCCUGCCGGCUUCCGCUGCUGUCCGAGCAGGCGCGUCUGCUGCUGAUGCUGAUGUGUGUGACUUCACUGCAAUCGACCCAAGCAAAUUGGCUGGGAAAAUUAUCGUCUGCACUUUGGAGCCAUCUGUAGGAGUCCCCAUUACCUUCCUUACUGCUUCCAAGGCAGCAGCGCUUGUCCUCCUUAGUGGCUCUCCCAAUACUGACAACAUGGAGACGAUUCCUUUCACCAGCCUGCCCGUCCUGUUCCUCACCAACGCCCAGGGCGGGCAGGUGAACAAUUACCUGGAGCAGACAGCCAAUCCCGUGGCGACACUUACCGAAGUCAUUACCACAAAUUCCUCCAACGACCCCCAAAUGACUAAGUUCUCUUCCACCGGACCAACCGUAAACCCAUCCUGGUUUCCAGUCCCUUCCUCCUUCGCAACCAACGACAUCUUAAAGCCAGACAUAGUAGCAACUGGUCAACGGGCUCCACCUAGCACCGCGGCCACAAAUACCGUUUGCGGCAGCAGCGGUUGGUUACAGAAUCAACCGGGUAAUGCGGUCGCGUCCCCGUCCGUGCCCAGUAGCCAGCUCUUUGGGAUGCCCGUGCGUGGCUUCGUAGGGUCGCAGUACUCGAACGUGGGAUUCAGGUACGGGUACAUCGGCGUUCAACCAGACCCCAUGGUGCACGCAUCCGCAUCUGUUGCGACGCCUCCUGUCGCGCCGUCAACACCAUUCUCCAGCGCGAUUCAUCCGGAAAGCCAGCCAGCAGUGCAAGCCCCGCCAGAAGCAUUAGUUGUCGGUUUGGACACACAGGCGCGAACAGACGGCCCAUCAUCGAACGCGGUUGCCGGUGGUUUAGGGCGUGCGGUGAAUGGUGAACCGGGGGUGAAUGCAAGUGCGCGUGCACAUUCGCCGCCAAUAUGGAACGUCAACUCACUGUUGCUCGAAAACCCCGACGUCCACAUCCGCACCCCCGCGCAUCCGACUGUAGCGUACGCGACUGGUGUAGGUGGGCAAUCACAGGGGAACGCGGGGAACGCGGGGCGUGGAGCGGGUGCAAGCGGAAACGCGGUAAGGGGAAGAGGGACGGGUGCGAGAGGGAACGCGGGAGGAGGGACAGGGGAGAGAGGGAACGCGGCUAGAGGGAGAGGUGCGAGACGAAGGGAUGGGAGAGCGAUCGCGGGACGUGGGACAGGUGCUGGAACAAACGAGUAUAGUGCAAACGGCCAGGGAGCGCAUGGGGUGACACAUAACGGCGGCCGGGGUAGCGGUGUUAACGCAAACGGCGGGUCAGGUAAUGGGCCAGUUAAUAGACCGCGUAUAAAGAGGCGGAGAGUCGAUGUAGUGCCGCACACGGCACGCAAUGGCUCCCGGGAGGGGAGCGAGGGGACAAGCGAUGAGGAUGACGAGGACGACGCGUACGAUGCGGACGAUAGUUGGAAUGACGAUGACGAAAACUACCUAACCAACUCGCUGUCCGCGCUCAACGAGGAGGAGGCGGAAGACAACGAACGGGUGCGGGGUACGCGGAGGGACAUUGAGGUCCCUAUCGCAGAUUGGAACAGGCUAGGUGUGGACGACACGCCGGCCGCGAAACGAGAGAUGUGUUACGGAAUCCUCUACGGUGUCUCUGAGGCCACGCUGAAGAAGUAUCGCGGUUGGGCCAACGAGUACAAGCGGUUCAUGGCUCACGAGCUGCCUAAACUGGACGCGGGUAGGUUUGGUGAUGAGGCCGCGCUGAGAAACGCGAACCCCGACGAGAUUGGGGCCGCGCUCGAACAGAACAUGGGUGGUGACUGGAAGAUGGCGGAGAGCGACGAGCAGUGGUUCCACGGCCCUGAGACGAAUCCGUGGCGCUUACGCAAAUACGUGACCUUCCUCGCAAACGAGACAGUCGCGCAGGCGGACAGGAUGGCCACACUCAAGCGGCCGCAGAAGACCUUGAAGAAGAGACGCCAGUGCACUCCGGCAAUGCUGAUGGGGCGUCUCAAGGCUUUGAACCUGCUCAUCAAGCUGGACGGGGCCAUCUUCAGGAAGCCCGUUCUGAACCUGCUGCGCGACUUUGCGGAGUGUCGCAUCUGGGUCCGCGUUCAAGUACGCGACCAAUACAAGCGGUUUAUCGCGACGGGCAAGACAAACAAGGACUUCUCGCUCAACUACAUAUCUGCUGUGAGGCACAUAGAUUGGACGCUGUGCGCGGUCGGAGCCACGCUGCUGUGGCUGCACUGGGUGUACGACUUGGUUCCCAUCCUCUAUGGGGACAUAGCCCCCCCUCUCGACUUCACGGAACCCUCCACGUGGUACGAUCAAUACCUGUUCUUCCCCCUUCGCGCGAGCAACGAGAAGCAAAUACCGCCCACGACUCAUCACGACUGGGCGGCGAAAAUUCUCCAGGACGCGGGAAUCACAUGCUCGCAUGCGGUACACGCGACCAGGGCUGGGGGGGCGCAGCACGCAUCCGCGGACGGAAUGCCUUCGGAUCAGCUGGCGAGGCUGGGGGGUUGGCGCUUCAUUGACGUGAUGACUAAGCACUACCUCACAACCAUUCCAAGGGAGGCCGUGCUGCUGAAGGCGGGUUUCAUCGGGGUUGACGGUGACUACUUCCUGGGUCGCGCAACUGUUCCGGUCAGCGAUAAGCUGGAUGAGCUACUGAGGAAGCACAUUUUCCCAUGGGCCGCCACGGACAAAGGACAGCAACAGGCAACCACUCCUGGAGCCGCGGCCGCGUCGACCAAUGCCACACCUCCCACCGAGCAGGGGACGCGGAAGAAACCCGCAGCGCCAACCAGGGAACAGACGAUUCGGGAAGCGAUCGUCCUUCCAUGGGUCAACGCCACCAAACCGUCAGACGGAUGGAAGCUGUACAAGACAAUGCACCCGCUGAUCCUCGAGAGUCCAGAGUCGCUUCUGGCCCAACCCCGCGGCGCAGUUACGCGAAUGGCCGCGCUCAUUGGGGAGGAGGGAGGCGGCCAGAACGCGAUAAACCGUGUUAAGCGAAUCAUGAACUUCAUCGCCCACAGGGUGGAGCAAGGAGACGACAUCGCGGUAGUGCUCGACAAGCUCGACCUCAUGUCAAGUGCUGUGGGCAUGUCGGAUGUAUCGGAAGGGAUCGCGGUAAAGAAGAAGAGUGUUGACCUGGAACUGAGCCAGCUCAAGAAGGGUUCUCCGGUGGAGGUGCAGUUGCGUGUGAAAUGGAUGCUUGUUCGCGACCGUCUCAUCAAUGCCUCUCUUCCCGCUUCUGAGUUCACGGUCGCGUGGCCCCAGUACUGUGCGCUGAUGCCAGACUUGCAGUAA